AUGCUGAAGCCGAGCGUCACUUCGGCUCCCACGGCAGACAUGGCGACAUUGACAGUGGUCCAGCCGCUCACUCUGGACAGAGAUGUCGCCAGAGCAAUUGAAUUACUGGAAAAACUACAGGAAUCUGGAGAAGUACCAGUGCACAAGCUACAAUCCCUCAAAAAAGUGCUUCAGAGUGAGUUUUGUACUGCUAUUCGAGAGGUGUAUCAAUAUAUGCAUGAAACGAUAACUGUUAAUGGCUGUCCUGAAUUCCGUGCCAGGGCCACAGCAAAGGCAACAGUUGCAGCUUUUGCAGCUAGUGAAGGCCAUUCCCACCCUCGGGUAGUCGAACUGCCAAAGACUGAUGAAGGCCUUGGUUUUAACGUGAUGGGAGGAAAGGAGCAAAAUUCCCCCAUUUAUAUCUCCCGCAUCAUUCCUGGAGGGGUGGCCGAAAGACACGGAGGCCUCAAAAGGGGAGACCAGCUGCUAUCAGUGAACGGAGUGAGCGUGGAAGGGGAACACCAUGAGAAAGCAGUAGAACUACUCAAGGCUGCUAAAGACAGCGUCAAGCUGGUGGUCCGAUAUACCCCCAAAGUCCUGGAAGAAAUGGAGGCUCGCUUUGAAAAGCUCCGGACCGCCCGGCGUCGGCAGCAGCAACAGUUGCUAAUCCAGCAGCAGCAACAGCAGCAGCAGCAACAAACACAGCAAAAUCAUAUGUCAUAGGUCCUUAAAGAGAGGCUACUUGAUCAAACAUCUGAUAGUCACAAAUUUGAAACCGUGCUUCACAAUCCCAGCACAUAAUGAAAGGAAAAGACAACAUUGAUAAUUAUACCUGUCAAGAAGCUGUGACCACGUGAUAUAGAAGUUCUUCACCCAGGCAACUCGACACCUUCUUUCUCUGGGGCUGAAUCCCCACUGCUCACGCGCUCUUUACACACACAGACCUUCCAUGCACUGCAGUGGGAAUUCUCAGUGUGUAAAGGGAGCAGUUUUCCGGUCCGCAGACUGAAAUAGUACAACAAGAAUAAAGUCCGUGACUUUCCGAUAAAUCACCGGGCCAAGAUUAAAUGAAUCUUUGUUCUACAGCUUUUCCAGAGAUUAACAAAUCCCUCAUUAGGCUAUAGUUUAAACUGCAUCAGUUCAAGGUUGUCAUCACUUAAAAGAAACCUACUCAUUGCCCUAUACCCUGACCUCUUCCACAUCCAUAUUGCUGAGUUGUCUGAAUUAGAAUUCCAGUUAAUUGCAAAUUCCACCUUUAUUCCCCUUAUGCUAUAUUUAUACUCUGUUCAGGUUCUAGAAGCAAUUGGCUUUUUAUUUUCUGUUUCCAUGAAUUUUAUUAUGCAUUAAUGGAGAGGGACAAUUUUAGCUCAACUUUUGGUUUGCUAGAGACACGGAUAGAGAACUCUAGUACUGUAUAUUUUUUUAAUUUAACUAUCACUUGUAUCUAUGAUUAUUAAUUCUAACAAUAUAACAUGUAUUUAUUCCACAAAAUAUAUAUUAUCAGAGUGUAUCUGUUACAAACUGAGGUCUUUUCUUACCAAAUGUUAUGAAUCUGGUAAGAGAAUACUAGCAAAGGACCUAGCUUCAUGAACUGAUCCUCCUGUGAUAUUUCCAUAUAACCCUGCUCUCAAUAUUUGUUUGUUAAGUUUUAUAUUUUUUGAUUGAUAAACUCUGGGUAAGUCAGAAAUCUUUCUGUCUACACUGAUAUGUUGUCAUAGAAAUUUAUUUAAUAUGUUAAAGCCUAAGGCUUUACAAAACUCAAUUAUAUAUGUUCAUACAUAUACAAAUAUAUGUGUCACACAAGGUUUAAAUCAGUUUCCCCAAAGACAAAGUGGAUGUUUUUGGCAAUCUAAGAUCAAAAGUAGUAUUCCUUUCAAAAUUAGGCAUAUGUAAAUGAGGAUAUUAAUUUUGUGAAUGAAAAAUGCUGCUCCUUCUAGAGGGAAAAAAUACGUAAUUCAUGACACACAUUCAUAUAGGAAAAUAGACAAUGUGAUAUCAUCUCUCAGAAAGUAUCAUUUGCUGGAAAAUGAGCCACCUCUACAGAUCUUCACUUUUGACUUAUGGUAAAUCUAAGCACAUAAGUCUGAUUUUACUCAUUGGAAUGAAUAGAAAGCAAUAAUUAUUUGCGCAGUUAAAUACCUUAGGCACAAAAAUGUACCUGAAAAAAGAAUACACAUUCAGUUGAAACAUUCUAGAAAGAUGAUUAAAACUGAGGCCAAUAUUUGAAUGUUUCUUUUUCUCAAAUGCAGAAACUGAUUCCCCAACAUAAAUAAAUUUUACAUUUCAGAUAGUCCCCCAAAUUAGAAAUUUAUGAAGCUCACUUCAGGAGCUAUUUCUUGAAAACAAAACAAAACCAAUCAGAACUACCCAGUACAUUUUAUUUUGCCCUUUCAAAGGGUGUUAUUAUCAAUACCAAGUUCUGCCUACUCUUCACAGUGCAUCACCCAACAGACAGCAAAGAGCAAGGAAGCUAGGAGGUACACCAAUUCCAACAACCAUCCUGAAAACAUAUCAUUUUUUACUAGAGAGAAAUGAGGGGGGAGGGGAGGGCAAGGGGGAUGACCCUGAAUGUUAUGUAAAAUAGGUUUACAAAAGAGAUAAGCAUGACUAAAGGGAGUGAAUGGAGACUAAGUGAGUAUUACUCAGUUUGAAAGAAGUAGUUCUCAUUUUUAUAAGAAAAAUUUAAUAAAACAUAUAUUUUAGUUAUCAUUUAACAAAGAAAUGUUAAAGCUAUUCAGGCAAUGCACAGAUUCUCAUAAAGGGAAAUAUUUGCACCCUUGUAAUGAGAAAAUGGUCAUUUCAACACAUUUCAAUGCCUUGUAUAAAUUUGAAGUUCAAGAUACGUUUUCAUUUAGCCAUAAGUGUAUGGUUGAUAUUAAAUUAUCAUAUAUUUUCACAUCAAUAUAAAUCUUAUCAUGGUGUUACAGAAGCAGCUAUCAAGUGAGCAGAUACUUUAUGUUUGUGUUUUCUAGAUGUCUUUGUAUGUUAUGCUUCAUUUGCAUAAUGGUUAAAUGCUAAUAAAUGUAUGCCAAGUCCUUUGUCAAAGUGAAGGGGAAAUCCAUCACAACGAAGGUAUCUAAAGACAGAGUACAUGUCAUGGUGGUCCUACAUACAAAUGAUACAAUGGCUGGUCUUUUUUUUUUUUUUUUUUUUUUUCAGUAAAAUCUGGGUAUUGAAAUAUAAACCUUCCCUUAAAGUUGUAAUCAAAAGUAGCUGACCUAAGACUUAGAGAGGUCCUUUUGAGGUUUUCUAAGUUUCACUGAAGCCGGAGGGAAAGGGAAAAAAUUGUACUAAUGUUGUUUACUAUUAAUGAUCUUGGUAGAGCUAUUGGCAUGUCCAAAGUCAUAUUAAAGACAUAACAGGUGCCUCUUACAUAAAGCUCAAUCCUGAAUAUCAUAAAUAAAUUAGAUAUUCAAAGUUAGGGGGAAAAUCUGGUAUGACUGUAUCUUCUUGAUCCUCGUGAAUUUUAGUUCUUUCCCCCGGUCAGAUUGGUGGCCAGAUUUUUCUAAACUCUUUUCUGCAGUGAUUUUGAAGGCCAGUACUCGGAGCAUACUUCAGUAAAAAAAAAAAAAGAAAGAAAGAAAGAAAAAAAAACAAACUUGAACCUUUUCAUUUGGAGCAUUUACAUUUUGAUUCUGUUCCCAUUUGAAAUAGAACAUCCGCAUGGAGAUAAUGAGCUUAAGUUACAAUUGACUUUGGAAAGAAUAACAGACUUUUGUGCUCCCUCAAUCAUGUAAUCAAUAGGGAAUUCUCUUGUUAUGUGAACUACCACUAUCUUUUAAGACAAUGCUAAGAUCUAAAUGCAAAAUCUAGCUUUCAGGGGCUUUUUAAGAAUUCAAGGCUGUCUCCGAAGAACUUGGCUAGAGAUGGAUUACAUCAAUUUACAAAUGCAGUUCUCAACCCGUGACAAAUCAAACUGAUGUGAUCUCACUUCAUUUUACUCAGCUGUGCCUAUAGGACUCCAAGACGUUGGGAUAUUUUGUCUACGUUAUCUUAAGCCUCUAUAGAUAUCUGUUAAUGUGUGAAUAAUGUCUGAGUUUCUCAUCUUUUAGCUGGUUUGUGUUUAUUAUACAGCCUGUUAACAAAGACCAGCUUUAGAUAGCAUUGUGAAGUAGAAAUCAAUGUUCUGAAGAUUCAGGGAAGCCAGUGUUAGGCAGUAUCUCCCCAAAAAUGGGGCAGUCCUACCCAUCUCGUCCCUCUCUGGAUCAUAAACUCCAGGAGUGAAAGGUCUGUGACUGCAUUGUGAACUGCCGUAUCCCUGGCAUCUGGUAUGAUGCUUGGCACACAACAGGCGCUCAGUUGGUGUUUGUUGAAUGAAUGAACAAUUGGAUAGGUUGAUAGACAAAUAAGUGAAUGUUGCUUUCAGAUAAUCUGAAAAAUUUCACCAACUUACAGUAAUUGGCACUGUAAUUUCUGAAUUUCAUAGUCAGAACCAGAUUUACUCUUUUCAUAAAUAAAUGCUUUUCAGAUAUAUGAAUUUGGAAUCAAUUACUUCAAAAGCUUCAAGGAUUUGAGGGCAUUUAGAUAAGAGAUAGUGUCUGGGGAGUAAGAUAUUUUAACAAUGAAUAAAACUCAGCCUUUCUAGUUUUUUUCUGAAAGCUCCCUGAGUUAUUUUGCAAGGGCGAUUAAAACAUAAAACCCCAGUUAUGAAUUUUAUAAAAUAUUAUGUUUUAAUUUUUAAAAAGGAAGAGAAGUCAUGUCAUCAAGCACAUUUUUAAUAUCUCUUUCAAUGUUUUAUCUUUUUACUAGUAACAUUUCUCUAAGGAGUUCCUAGUAAUUGGGGACACAUCUCUAAAUCUUCUGCUUUCAAAAGAUCACUUCUUUCCUAUUUGAUUUCUAGGAUGUACCUGAGCUAAUGCUUAAUCGCAUAGCAAUUAAGACUUUUCCACGUGUUUAUUCCUUUAACAAAUAUUUAUUGUGCACCUUGUACAUUGCUAGGUCCUAGAAAUGUAAUGGCAAACAAGACAGACCUAGUGCCCUCCUGGAACUUACUAUGAGGAACUCCUCAACACUUUGGUAGAGUUUAUUCUCCAUCGGGUCCCUCUGCACAGCCGACAGAAGAAAUAAAAUCCCUAACUCCGUGGAAAUCAUGAAAGAACCCCCUGCAGACACUUACGUGAACUUGCUUUUCAGACACAUCACUCAAAAAUACUGCUCAGUUUAUCCAUACACCAUAGUUCUACCCCAGCAAGGUAGGUAAGUCAUAAUUUAUUCAUAAUGAACACUUACUGAACUCUCACUAGGUUCUACUGUUCUUGGUACUUUCCAUAGACUACAUCAUUGAAUCCCUUCAACAACUCCAGUAGGUUUCGUUUCAUAGACAAGAAAACUGAAGCACAGAUAUGUGACUUGUCCAAGGUCACACAGCUAGCAGAUGAAAUGGGGAUUUGAACCCAUGUGGUGUAACACAAGAGUUCAUGUGUCGAACCAUUAUCUGUGGUUUGGGGGACACCAUUACAUUAAAAAUAGGAGUCAUUAAUAUAAAUGGGUCACUGUAUAUAAAAGUACUUUGAAGUUGUAAAGUAGUAUGCAAAAACAUAGUAGUGAAGUUAUUAUGCUCAACAGACCACAUCAGUGGCAGAAGCAGACUAAGAACUCAGUCUUAUGUUACAGCUUACUCUUGUGAAGAACACUUCAAGCCAGGGACACGGAUAAAGUACAGAUCCAGGAAAUUUCUGACAUGUGGGAAAUAUGUCAAUGACUUUUCAGAAUUAUUUGUUAGCCACUGUGUCUAUCUGGUGCUACAAGAAACAAAAUCCCUUGCUGUAAGGGCUUAAAAUAAGUACACAGUGUGGAGCUGAACCAAGGAUAUUUCACAUUUAUGGGAAAAGAUCGGGCAAUAGUACUAUUUUCUCACCAUUGCAUGUGAUCGCGUCUUUCCAAUUGUUUUCUUCAUUUUUCUGAAAGAGCUGCAAAAUUGUGCAGUGGUUCAACCUGACCAAAGUGGUAUUAUGCUGCUGGGAAGUAAAAGUA